AUGAGUAACGAAGGUGAAUCCUUACAAGCAUCAAAGUUUGAAGAUGAAGAGGAAAAAAUUGAAAUGGAUCCUAAACCAACUAAACCACACAAUGGCAAGAAAAUAGAACAAUUAUUGUUAUCACCUGAUAGAAAGUAUGCAGUGACAGUAAGCGAAGAUUAUGAUUCAAUGUGCGGAUGGCAACUUAACAAAGAUCAACCUGCAGAACCAACAGAAGACGAAUCAUAUCAACCCAUACUCUUUGAGUUUGUUGAUUCCAUCGAUUUUAAAGAAGCACAUAAAGUAUAUUUCGAAUCAAAAUAUCCAACGGUAUAUGCAGUUUCAAAUAAUAAAUCUGUUGUAAUAGAAGACCGUAAAAGAUUUCGGAAUUUAGAAUUGAUUGAAUUUAUUUCAACUGAUGAAGCAGAAUGGUUACUCUUAUUUUAUCGCGAUACAUUUGAUGUACGAGAUCCUUACAAUCUUCAACAUAAUGUCAUCAACGAUAAACCGAUUUCAAGACUAUAUACAGAACUUUUAAGUGAAAAAGCUUUGACAAAAUUAGAUAUUUCGAAUGUACAAAUUAAAUCAUUGAUGAACGAAAGAAUAUAUUGCAUAUCAGAUGGAUGCUUAUGGGCUCAAGAGGUUUCUAAAAACCAAUGGAUCAAAUACUUACAAGAAAAAUUACAAGAUUUUGAUAAAAUAAGAGUUCUACCUAACAAACAUCAAAUAGAGGAAAUUCUAAAAAAGCUUAUAAAUAAAAAUAAAGAUAAUGAGUCUAUUAGGCUUAAAAAUUUAUUGGAUAAAAUACAAAAUGGUAAAACUUUAUUGCCAGCACCGGACUUAGAUUUUUUUAUUUAUUAUGAACAAUCAAAUCAUUUUUUAUCUGAAGGUAAUAAGAGUAUUUCUUUUAAAGACAUUUUAGAUGAAUUAUUGAAUGAUUAUAUUGAAGAUAAUACAUUAAUGAAAUUAUAUGGACAAGAACUUCUAAAGUUUACUAAGAUACAAAAUGAUAAAUGGGAUGAUGAUACUAUUGAAGCACCAUUUCUUCCUAAUUCGCUAUUAAAAAUGCUUGGUAAAGCUGAAUUGACGCCAGAACCUAAAGCUGAAUUGACGCCAAAACUAGUUGUUGAAAAAGAAGUAUUUCAAAAAUUAGAGGAAAGUGAAAAAUUAAUUCAGGAAUUAAAAAAUAUUUUUGAAAUAAAGAUUGAAUAA